AUGGCAUUCUCCUCCCUCAGUAAACUCUCCCUUGUUUUCUUCAUCUUCUUUGUUCUGCUACGUUUUCAACUUAAUGCUGCAUUUAAUUCUACUCAAGAAGCACAAGCUCUUCUCAAAUGGAAAGCCUCCCUUCAACCCCAGAGUCAUUCUGUCCUCUCUUCAUGGACACUAUAUCCUGUUAAUGCCAGCCACAAUUCUACUCAGCACGCAUCGAAAAUGAGCCACUGUUCCUGGUAUGGAAUUUCUUGCAACCAUGCUGGAAGUGUCCAUAGAUUGAAUCUGUCUAAUGAAAAUUUAAAAGGUACGCUCAAUGAAUUAUCAUUCUUAUCAUUUCCUCAUCUUGUGUAUCUUGAUCUUAGCAUAAAUGAACUUUUUGGAAUUAUCCCUUCACAAAUUGGUAAUCUUUCCAAACUGAAGUAUCUCGACUUAUCAACUAAUCAGUUUUUUGGGAAAAUACCGAUUGAAAUUGGUCUCCUAACUGAUUUAGAGACCUUGCACCUAGCUGAGAAUCGAUUGAAUGGUUCAUCAAUUCCUAACGAAAUAGGACAACUGAAUUCUCUUAUUGAUCUUGCUCUAUAUAGUAAUGGUUUGGAGGGUUCAAUUCCUACUUCUUUGGGAAAUUUGAGCAACUUGGCUUGGUUGUAUCUUUAUAAUAAUUCACUUUCUGGUUUCAUUCCUCUAGAGAUGGGAAACCUCUCUAAUUUACUUGAACUUUAUAUAGAUACUAAUAGCUUAACAGGUCCAAUCCCUGCCAUUUUUAGUAAGCCUAGAAAACUAUCUGUGUUAUACAUGUUCAAAAACCAACUUUCUGGUUCUAUUCCUCAAGAAUUAGGAAAUUUGGAGUCUCUCUCAGAUAUUAGUCUUCAUACCAACAAUCUUUCUGGUCCUAUUCCUGCGUCUCUAGGUGGUUUAAAAAAUCUGAACAUUCUUCACUUAUACCUUAACACACUGUCUGGCUCUAUUCCUACUGAAAUAGGGAAUCUGAGAAACCUUGUGGAUUUAGAUUUGAGUCAAAAUCAACUUAGUGGUUCUGUUCCUGAUUCCUUCAGAAAUUUGAGCAACUUAGAGAUUUUAUACCUUCGACAAAACAGUCUUUCUGGAUCCAUUCCGCAAGAAAUUGGAUUCAUGAGGCUCAUUCAUUUGCAAUUAGACACCAACCACUUCACUGGUCACUUGCCCCAUAAUAUCUGUGCUGGUGGUUCUCUGGAGAGGUUCAGUGCCUCUCACAACAAUUUUUUCGGUCCAAUUCCCAAAGGCUUAAGAAACUGCACAAGCCUAACAAGAAUUGUUAUGCAACGAAACAACUUUCGUGGAAAUAUAUCUGAAAGUUUUGGAGUGUAUCCAAAGCUAGAAUUUAUAAAUCUCAGUAAAAACAAGCUUUAUGGUGAGAUUUCAUCAAUCUGGGGAAAGUGUCCAAAAUUACAGACUCUAAAGAUGGAAGAGAAUCAUAUUACUGGCAGCAUACCAGUUGAGCUUGGAAACUUAACUCAACUACGUAGACUCAAUCUUUCUUCUAAUUUUUUGUUUGGGGAGAUUCCAAAAGAACUUGGAAAAUUGAGUUGGAUGGAGGCUCUCAUUUUGAAUGGGAAUCAGCUUUCUGGUGCUAUACCUCCGGAAAUUGGAUCACUCACAGAAAUUACCAGUCUUGACUUGUCCUCAAACAAGUUGAGCAAAUCAAUCCCUGCAACUCUUGGGAACUUGUUGCAAAUUAGUUACUUGAAUUUGAGGAACAACCAGUUUACCCAAGAAAUUCCACCUCAGUUGGGGAAACUAAGUCUGUUGACACAUCUGGAUUUGGGUCACAACUUCCUUAGCGGAGAUAUACCCUCUGAAAUCUGUGAUUUGGAGAAUUUGCAGGAUCUCAAUAUCUCCCACAAUUAA